UGUUCAAUAAUUAAAUGGAAGCAAAUUGCUGUCUUUGGAUUAUCCCGUUUAAGUGCCAUUUUAACACGUAGUUUAAUGGUGGAUACAAAAGGAGCUUCAAUAUAAAAGCUGAGUAAUUAUUGGCAAAUGAACAUCGUGGAAAAUCAAUGACACACCAAACCGUUCACUCAUGUUGUUGGUACUCUUAUUAACAUUAGUUAUUUUUGUUCCUGAUGAUAUUGAUGCACAGUGCUCAUCAUUAUCAACCCUAUCAGCCAAUACAAAUGAAAAAGUAAUAGAAAAAUCAAAGGAAAGUAAUUUAGACUGUCAUUGGACAAUUGAAUCCCCCGACCAUGUUGAAAUAAACGUAACAAAGUGGUCAUUAGCACAGACAUGCGCAGAAGACAGCCUUCGGAUUUAUGAUGGACAUAAUACCCAUGGUCUAUUGUUGGCCGAACUUUGCAGCUAUGGCUCAAUCAAAAUUAUGGUUUCACGUCGUGGAAAGGCGCAUGUGUGGUUCAAAACCGGAAGUACAAGCACCGGGACUGGAAUAACACUGACGUACAAAUCGUAUGGUCAAAGUUUACCUUCAUGUAAAUCUGGAUACGAGUGGCCGCAACGACGCUUUGUUAGAGCUGACGAAACACACCAGGUCAUCACCUCUGAGAAUUAUCCUAACAACUACCCAAAAGAUGAUAAAGAGGAGUGGGUUAUUGUUAAGCCUAGUGCAUCCACACCUCUAGCUAUUGUUGUUGAGGAUAUGGAUAUUGAAGACAGUCAUCACUGUGGAUAUGAUUACCUCGCUCUAUAUGACGGAAAGUGUUCAUACGACAAAGAGAAAGCAAAGUUAUGUAACGAUAGAAAAGGAUCUUGGACCCUUACAGGAAACAAAUAUUCCCUUAUCAGAUUCCAUUCUGAUACUGAUAGAACAGGAAAAGGUUUUAAACUUCGUUUCUACGUAGGCACUGUUGAAGAACCAAAAGGAGAUUCAAGUGCACUACAUGCCAUUUUGAUUGGAUUAAUAGCUGCCUGUAUAGUUGUCAUAUUUUUACUUGCAUCAGCUAAAUUAUACAUGCGUUGUUUCAAGAAACCAAAAGUUCGUCCAAACCAAGACCAUCUUCGUAACCGGAGAGCAGUUCUUGAGGCUCAAGUCCGAAGAGGUCCACUUGGAUCAAGAUUAGCCAGAAUGAUGACAGCCCAAUCUAUUCAUUCAGAAAUGACUCGGUACCUGAGCAAUACAACGGAGCACGAUAGCCGAGUCUCUACAUUUGAGAUAUCCACAUCACAGUCGUCAGGGGCUGGUUUGGUUUUUGAAGAUGGAAUGUUUCAGCCGCCAUCUUACAGUGCACUUUUUCGCCAUUCGGAAGAACCAUCAGCACCCCCAGCAGAUAAUAGUGCACCGCCUCCUUAUCCGGGUUCACCAGAUUUAAAACUUGAAGGUCAAGGAAAUACUGUCAGUGUUGCUCAUGCGUCACCUAUUCACGAUAGCAAUAAGGCCGUUGGUUGCCUGACAAAUGUAGAGACGGUCUCUCCACCACCGUACAAUUCUAGCUAAUCCAUUUGAACAUUUGUCAAUAUUUGGAGCAACAUAUAGAUAUUCUAUUCUUAAAAACGACUAUCAUUAAGUGUUUUUUUAUUCAUCGACAAGCAAAUAAUCUAGUUCAAGAUUAUGUGCGUUCAAGAUUAUGUGCACAAAUCUUUUGAAAGAGAAUUAUGUAAAAUAUCCAAGAGUAACUGAAAAACUUUCCUUAUCGGACAAAUAGUUGUAAAAAUCAAUAAUGAGAGUUUUCUCCAAAUACUUUAUAAAUGUUACUGUGUACAUAUUUCCGUCCAUAGAAUGUAUGUUAUAUUUAUACUGUAGUAUGCGUUCGGACAAAGCAUGAUACGACAGAAUUGAAAGAU